AAAAAAUAUAAUCCAAUAUAGUUUAAAGGCCUUUCAUUAAAACACUGAUGAAUAAACAACCUAACUACGUAAGCAUUAAUAAUGUGAUCACAUUUUCCAGGUCAAACAAUUCAAAUGUGACCUUAUCAAUUAUUUCCGAUAUGUAGGCCAAUUAUUUUCUGCAAACGUCACAUGCUGAGAAUAUAUUUCUCAAGCCAAAACACACAUUUGAUCUUUAGUGGCCUACUUAUAAAAGUUUACGAUUGAUGUCCCGCUUUGCAAAAAGACGAGACUUAAGUGGUUGAUGUUGCUAUUUAAGUGACAUUUAUGUCCACAUCCUGCGGGCAACCAUAACUUCAUUAUGGCCCUUGACGGAAACAAGAUUGACCUAUUGCAAUCAGUGACGAAGUGCAGUUCACUUGUAUUUAACUCUUUACUUUCAAUAUUUAUGCAAUCAAUUUUAAGUAUUUGUUGUUAAAAAUUCAUUUCAAUUGAAUCAUUUUAAUAGUUUAUCUCUCUCUCUAUAAAGUAUACACACUAAUACCUUUCUAAAUGUGAAAUAAGUACACUAAUUAGUACUGCUUCAUGCAAUUUAAAAAAUAUAUAUAUAUAUUUUUGCUGUUGCUCAUUUUUGGGGAAGGCGCACAGAAAUGAAUAGAAAUUCCAUUCAUUCCUAUUAGGGAAAAUGAUUUGAGAUAUGGACCACAAGACAAGUAAUAGGAAUUUAGAAAAAAAAAAUCCUCCAUGUCUACCGCACGCCACAAUAUUGCGACUGCUUCAAUAUUUUCUAUCAUGCGCUCAUCCUCCGAGUGAUGUCAGCAUACAAGGAGGAGUCUUGUGAAGUCUCACAUGGUGCAUUGGGCCCACAUCAGUUCUCUCCAAGUCCAGUAUUCCAUCAUCCUGUUGGUCCCGGUGCUUUCUGCAAAGAAGCUCUCUUGUUAGGUGGGACAGGCGCCUUCAGCGUGCCCAAGGCAAAAAACAUGAUUUGGGAAAAGUACAUGUUCUGGAUGUUGGUGUUUGUCAGCUUGCAUUCAUAAAGAAGUCGAAGACAUUCACUUUUCGCCUGGAUUGGUUGCGACUGAAGCCUGAAGGUAUUGUUCUUUCGCAGACCAGUAUUUAGAACUGUUCAUAAUUCCGUCUGCCUUGACUAAAGCUCGGUAGAAAAACAUCCCCAAAGCACAAUGCUGCCACCACUAUGCUCCGCUGCAGGAGCUAUGGAGUUUUCAAACAGAUCCCACAACAACUUCUUCAUGCACCAUGACUACCUUAGCGACUUCCCGGAAGGUAAUGAGACCAACUCGACUGGGGCUGAACCCAACUCGCCGGGCUGCUUCCAGCUGCAGAUCCCGCAGGAGCUCUUCCUGUCACUGGGCCUCAUCAGCCUGGUGGAGAAUAUCCUCGUCAUAGUGGCGAUCGUCAAGAACCGAAAUCUACACUCGCCCAUGUACUACUUCAUCUGCUGUCUGGCCGUAUCGGACAUGCUGGUGAGCGUCAGUAACGUGGUGGAGACCAUCGUUAUGCUUCUGCACGACCACGGCCUUCUGGACGUGCAACCGGGAAUGCUGCGGCACCUGGACAACGUGAUCGACGUGAUGAUCUGCAGCUCGGUGGUGUCGUCGCUAUCCUUCCUGAGCACCAUCGCGGCCGACCGCUACAUCACCAUCUUCUACGCACUGCGCUACCACAGCAUCAUGACCACGCAGCGCGCCGUGGGCAUCAUCGUGGCGGUGUGGCUGGCCAGCCUCACCUCCAGCAUCUUCUUCAUCGUCUACCACACGGACAAUGCAGUCAUCGUGUGCCUGGUGACCUUCUUCUGCUCCAGCCUGGUCUUCAACGCUGUGCUCUACCUGCACAUGUUCCUGCUGGCGCGCAUACACUCGCGCAGCAUCACCGUCAACUUCAACAAUAAGCGACGCCCGUCCACCAGCACGAAAGGCGCCAUCACGCUCACCAUCCUUCUGGGCGUCUUUAUCGUGUGCUGGGGACCCUUCUUCCUGCACCUCAUUCUCAUCCUUACCUGCCCCACCAACCCCUUCUGUAACUGCUUUUUCCGGAACUUUAAUCUGUUCCUUAUCCUGAUCAUCUGUAAUUCACUCAUAGACCCGCUCAUCUAUGCCUACAGAAGCCAAGAGCUGCGCAAAACUCUUCGGGAGCUGCUCCUGUGCAGCUGGUUCUUCAGUGUUUGACACUGAAGGAAGCAUGACACGGCUGCCGUUCCACUGACUGUUACUGUUCAGUCCAGUUCGGAAUGGGAAAGCUCGAUCUGGCUGGUGUUGCUGAUGAGUGCCCAUCUUUGCCACAUCAUUUUCAUUGAAGAAAUAAAUAAAGCUGUGACUUUGACAUCAACCUCAAUUGCACCAAUGCCACACAAAAACUGAACUCAUUCUGUAUUUUAUCUUUAAGUCACAAAAGUCAAAUUAUUAUUAUUAUUGACGUAUUAUUGGGGCAAUUGACUUGAACUUGCUAGUGAGUUCAACAAACAAGGACCCUCCACUGUGUACAAUGAACUUUGCCUUACUACACUGUAUAUUUUCAUCUAUUGUAUUGUCAACAUGGAAGUGAUAAUUAUUUGUUAACCAUUCAAUUACAAUGCCUUGUAAUAUGACUACUAUUAUUAAGAACCAGUUCAAUGCCUCCCUUUUACAAAACUACCAUUGGCUUGUUCAGGGAUAUUUUCUGUCUCCCCAAAUACAUUUAUGUGGAACCAAUUGGCAUUAAAUGCUCCUUGAAGUCAACCUUAACUGUUGUGCUUGGUCUUGAUAACAGAGUUCUCUUUUUUCUCUUUGUGUUUGUUGUAGCAACCGAUACUCAUUCACGACGGUUCCAAAGUGAUGCCCGUGAAGAACCGAGCCUGUUACGCCCGGAUAUCUAUUAAGCGCAUGUCUGUGUGGCUUUGAAAGCCAUUUCCACGCACAUGUUCAGCCGCUGUGACUGGCAACACAUGACUCGGACCUUUCAUCAUUGUCGGGUGGAAUGUCCCCAGUUUCACUGCUCAUAAAAGGAUUGAAAUGAAAGAUUUAACUGAAAUUAAUUUCAAUUAUGAUGCAUAUAUUGUAUUGUAUUGCCUGAUAGUCAUUUAUUGAAUGUAUACAAUUGGGCUUUAUUGUAUGUGCUGCCGUUUGGCAAGCGGCUAACAACUGUCGACAGUGUUUUAGAUCUUAUUACUCCCUUAAAAGUAGUAACAUCACGUUGCUCUAGUCCUCGCUCCUAUGCAGCUAUGUUCACUUUGCAGGUCGUGUAUCUGAUUUCAUGACAUGUGCAAAGGCUGAGAACCAAUAUAGAUGAACUACAAUGUAAGUGUUUCAUAAAUGGGGCACUUUUAGGCUGACAAGAUUUUGUUCCGCGAAGUUGGAAUUAUUAAGUCGAAUGACUUUUAUUUAGCUGAGGAGCACUGGUAAACCAAGCAUUUUGCUUAAAUUGACAAAUUAGCCAAAAUUCAGACAUAGACUUCAUAUUGAUGUUAGGUUCUCCUGUGUAGAUUGUAAAUAUUUACAUGUUGUCUUCUUUGUCUCAAAUAAAGAG